GACCAGCUCUCGGCUGACAUGUACAGCUUCGUGGCCAAAGAAAUCGACUAUGCAAACUACUUCCAGACGCUGAUCGAGGUGCAGGCCGAGUACCACAGGAAGUCGCUGGCGCUUCUGCAGAACGUGCUGCCUCAGAUAAAAGCCCAGCAGGAAGCGUGGAUGGAGAAGCCGUCCUUCGGGAAGCCGCUGGAGGAGCACCUGGCCGUCAGCGGGCGGGAGAUCGCCUUCCCCGUGGAGGCCUGCGUGACCAUGCUGCUGGAGUGCGGCAUGCAGGAGGAGGGUCUGUUCCGCGUGGCUCCCUCUGCCUCCAAGCUGAAGAAGCUGAAGGCCGCCCUGGAUUGCUGCGUGCUGGAUGUGCAGGAGUACUCGGCCGACCCGCACGCCAUCGCAGGAGCGCUCAAGUCCUACCUGCGCGAGCUGCCGGAGCCGCUGAUGACGUUUGAGCUGUACGAGGAGUGGAUCCAGGCCUCCAACAUCCCGGAGCAGGAGAAGCGGCUGCAGGCCCUGUGGAGCGCCUGCGAGAAGCUGCCCAAGGCCAACUACAACAACAUCAGGUACCUGAUUAAAUUCCUGGCCAAGCUGACUGAGUACCAGGACAUGAACAAAAUGACGCCGAGCAACGUGGCCAUCGUGCUGGGUCCCAAUCUCCUCUGGCCGCAGGCAGAAGGGAACAUCACGGAGAUGAUGACGACCGUCUCCCUGCAGAUCGUGGGCAUCAUCGAGCCGCUCAUCCAGCACGCGGACUGGUUCUUCCCCGGAGACAUUGAGUUCAACGUCACGGGGAACUACGGCAGCCCCAUGCACGUGAACCACAACGCCAACUACAGCUCCAUGCCCUCCCCGGACAUGGACCACGCCGACCGCAAGCAGCACGACCAGGCGCGGCGGCCGCUCAGCGUGGCCACGGACAACAUGAUGCUGGAGUUUUACAAGAAGGAUGGCCUUAGGAAAAUCCAAAGCAUGGGCGUCAGGGUGAUGGACACCUCGUGGGUGGCCCGCAGAGGCACCUCGGGGGGGCGCAAGGCAUCUGCCACCCCCCCUGCCACGCAGCCCCCCGCGCCGCCCGCCGAGCUGCCCGGCACACCGCACUCGCCCAUCCCCGAGCAAGCGCCCGAUAUUUCGGCGACCCCCUCUCCUCCUCCCACCAGCUUCGGCUUCCCACCUGCAGCCGAGCGGGCAAGCACGGGUGAUGCGCCGCCUGCUUGGUCGGAUUGCUGCUACAGCCCCCCCCGCCCCGAGGACAAGCGGGGUCCCCCGGCCCCCGGUCCCCAGCCCCGUCCCCUGCCCUGGGCACAGCCCGCCCCGGGGCUCGGCCCCGCACCCCUGCGCCUCUGGGCGGGCUGCAGCCGCAGCCUGCCUCCCCCCCGCCGCUCCUCUUCCUCCCCUCACCCUCUGCUCGUCCCCCACGCUCACCCCAAGCCCUGCUCCCUGCCGGUCCCCACGCAGCGCUCCCUGGCCCCGUGGCACUGCCCGCUCCCCGUCGCUGCCCCCCUGCUCCUGCCCAGCCUCCGGCCCCGAGCGCUGCCCUCUGCCCCCGGGGGCGGCCGCACGCCUGCGGGAGCCAGCCUGGCCAGCACUUUAAAACCCAAGGAGCUCUCCCCCGUCUCCGGGCCGCAGAAGGGCAGCGGGCAGCAGGCAGCGGCCGCGCCGCCGUCCCCCGCCGAGCAGAGCCCGCGCAGCCUGCGCAAAGCCUCCAAGAAGCUGGCGCCCAUCCCGCCCAAGGCGCCCUCGGGGGGCACGUCGGAGCCGCCGGCGGGCCAGCCGUCCCCCGCCAGCCUGUCCCCCACCCCACCGAGCACCCCCGCGCCCUAUGGACUCGCUUACCCGCAAGGCUACUGCCUGGCCUCAGGUCAGCUGUCCCCAGCCGCCGCACCUUCCCCGUCUCCUCCUCCUCCUCCUCUUCCUCCCCUGGGCGGCUCUGUAACCAAAUCUCGACCCGUCCCCAAGCCGAGGCAGAGGCCCUCGCUGCCGCCGCCGCAGCCCCCCACGGCCAGCGCGUCCGGCUCUAGCCCCCAGCCCGCGGAGCCCCCCCUGCUCGACGCCGUGGCCCCCGGGGAGAGCGUGCCCACAGGUCUGGUCCAUUUCGAGAUCCCGUCCAUCCACCUCGGCGUCGAUGCCGCCCUGCGCCGGGACCCGCCGGACGCUGCGCAGAGACUCUCGGUGAAAGCCCCCCCGGAGGAGGAGGAGGACUCGGAGAGCACGGCCCUAUGA